AUGGUGCCGAGGAAGAUCCCUUGCGACCCAGAUCCGCCCCAGAUGCCCGCCGACCCCGGGGGGCAGAACACCCGCGCGUGGUCUUCGCAAUCACCCUGCCCGUGUUGGGGCGGGCAGAUGUCGGGGAUGAGCGGGUGCCCACCGGUGCGUCCAGCGAGCGGGGCCUUUCGCGAGCAUUUUUGCGCGCAAUGCCGCGACGGCACGCUCUUCAUCCCCGCGUCCCGGAUCCGGAUUGUGGAGGUUGGAGGAGCUGAGCUUGCAAACACGCAGUCGGGUGGGGUUUGGAACGAGCCGGCGCGCAGCCCUGGCCGCCGCAAGCGGCCGCGUGCGCCUCUCCCUGCCCACCGCGUCAUAAACCAGACCGUGUGCUCCACUGGCCCAAAGCUUGUGGUGCUCCGCGACGACGAGACGACGGCGCCGCUGCCCGGCCUCGUGCGCCUCUCGGACGCGCUGAGCUGCAGCAUGAUCGGCUUCAAGGUUGGAAAGACGCUCAAGCCCCUCGCCCCCCUCUCGCGGGAAGAGCCGGCAUCGAGCUCGCCAUCAAGCGAGCCCUCCUCGCUCGACUCGAGGGACAGCGGCUUUGAGGCUCAUCCGGCCGCCGCCUGGCUGCAGCGGCAGCCUCCCUCGCUCUGCGGGCAGCCUCCCUCCUGGACGCUCGAGGACCUGCUCGAUGCGACCGCCGCCGCGCUGCACGGCGAGGCAAGCCUGCACGGCGAGGCCGCCUCACUGCACAUGGCGCCGGCCGGCGCGCUGCAGCUGCCGCCCGGCGAUGAGGAGGGCGGAUACGCCACGUCCGGGACGUACUCCGCGGCCGCCUCGCACGACCCGUGCUAUGCGGAGGCGGGGCCGGCGGCAGGGCUCGCGAGCGGCGAGGCGGGGGAGGAGUUCUUGCGGCUGCUCUUCUCGCCCCUCCUCUCCCCUCCCGCGUCGCCGCCCGAGCCGUCGCCGCAGUCGCCCGCCCUGCCGCCGGCCAACGGCAAGCUGCUGCUGCCCUCCCCCACCCGCCCCCCGGCCCUCGGAGGGCCGCCCUCUGGCCUCGCGCUCGCCAUCGCCGUCCCCUUCACGGUUGCCAUCUUCGGGCCGCGAGGAAUCCUCUCGACAGCGCUCGAGACGUCGCUCGCAAACCACUCGCACAACCUGCUCCACCUCGCCCUCGCCGUGCCGUGGCCCUGCAUCGCCUACCUCGUGCAGGUUGCGCCGCCCUGGUAG